GCAACAGCAGAGCGCGAGCCACUGCGAGGCUUUUUGUUUUUGUUUUUGUUGUUGUUGUUGUUUGUUUGUUUGUUCAUUCCGUCAAGGAGUAGAGGAGCCCUGACGGUGCGUGUGCUUUACAUGUGGAGUCCUGUGACGCGAUGGAGAGCCGCCGCUGACGGAGAUCCCCGAGCUCCCCUCACACCAACAGGUCCGCUGACUCCAUCUUCCCCUUCAAAAUAAAAUCCUUCCGCGAACCGACAAGAGAGCUGGAGGCGAGACGGUCGAGCAUGGACGUGCCCAGGAUGGCCGAGGGCCUCUUCAGCAGCACGCUGUCCUCGUCGGGCGGCGCCCACCACGUGCCUUCCUACCUGACGCUGGAGCAGAAGGCGGCCUUCGUCUUCGUGCUGCUGCUCUUCAUCUUCCUGGCGCUGCUCAUCGUGCGCUGCUUCCGCAUCCUGCUGGACCCGUACCGCAGCAUGCCGUCGUCCAACUGGACCGACCACGCCGAGAAGGACACGUUCGAUUACCGCAUCGUCUGAGGAGGAGGAGGAGGAGGAGGAGGAGGAGCCCCCCUUUGGAGAGAAUGUGCAUUGCAUUUCUUUGAAUUAGGAAGUAAACAAAUAGAGAGAUUUAAAUAAAUAGAAGACUGAUUUUGAGGCUAAAACAACAUGUCUGCCGAUUCACCGGGAGGAAGAAGAACGACAGCUUUACGGGAGAAUCCUCGAAAACGAGCGCCGACCAGAGUUCAACAGCCUCUCCCUGCCAAAUCUGAAACAUCUGAACUGUAACCAGACAACCAGAACUAUGCUCUGACGAUUAUUGAUCAGACCCUCAGUUCGAGGGAUCCCCCCCCCCCCCCCCCCCGUAAUUUACCCCAACUUUUAACCAUUCCCUCCCAUCAGUUCUCCUUUGGACUACGUCGUUCCUCCGUGUUUAUUUCUCCCAUCUCACACAGGUUGAAUGUCUUCUUGAGGUUCUAACAGUGUUUACAUCUUAUCAUGUUUACGUCCGUAGAUUUUUCUUGAUAAUGUAGACAAUCAGUGUUGGAAAAACCCGCGUGGAUAGUCAGGGUUGUUGAGCUAUGUCAUUUUAUUCGUGGACGAGGUCCAACAGACUUUGUAUGACCGGUGUACUUCAGGCGAAGACGAGUUUUGAUGCCUUAUGUCUUUGUCGGAUGGUCGUUCCGUUCAGUAGGAUGGGACCCAAAGCCGGUUACGCAAUCGCAAAGACGGUCGUGGACGAGUUCUCCCUUUAAGGUUCACGGUUUGGACCGAUAAGUGCCAGCAGCGAGGGAUGACAAGUGUUCUUGCGUAUCCCGUUUUAAAAAAGAAACGAUUAGUCCUUUCUGUCCGAGAGGGCCCUUCGGUGUCCGUGUCCUUUCGAUGUCAGCAACCAAAAGAAGUAUUGGAAGAAAAGAAGAAAAAAACGUUUACUGUGCUGUACCGUGUGCCUAAGUUGAAGAAUAAGACGGGGGAAAAAAAUUAAACGUUUAGAUCGGUGUUUUAGGGAAAAAAGAAAGACAACGGCUAAAAAUAUUUGUCUUUAAAUGUGUUUUUUUCUUUAAUUUAAAGACAUUUAAACAGCAUUUUACUGCCUGCUGUUGGCAUAUUGACAGUUGGUAUGCCGGAGCUGCAGAGCGUUGACGACGAUGACGACGACGACGAUGACGAUGACGAUGACGAUGUCGAAACCCUUUAUGAACUGACGUUGUGGCUUUUUCGUUGGGCAAAGUAUUCUUCAACCGUGCGCCUUAUAGUGUAGAUUGUUUACAGUAUCGUCGGUGUGGCGGAGACGUGGGGAAAUCAGCCGGUCGCUGCCGCGUCUUUGCACUUCACGGAGAUGUCAAGUCGACCUGCUCCGGUUCUGCGCCGGGGACAGGAAGUGACCUCUGCCCUCCCCCCCCCCUUUCGUUGACGUGUGGUGUUCUUGUGAUCUGCUGUGGCCUUUUCCUAUCGCAGAUGUUGUGCAGAGGUGCUGAUGUGCGUGCCCCCCCACCCCCCCCGACCCCCACGCCCUGCAUGUAUUUCUUGCCCAGUAUCUCCUCCGUGCAUGAUAUACGGUGAAGUGCUUUACCCCCGAUGUCGUAGCUGUGGGUCAGUUGCUCAAGCAGCUUUAUUUGUGUUCCUGUCUGUACGGAGCCUCUUUUUUUGUUUUCAAUCUGUUUGUUUGUUUUUUGCCUCGAGCCACCGUCCAUUUUCUUUUUUUCUUCUUUUCUAAUAAAAAAGAUCCGAGAGCCAAA